UUUGAUUUUGAGGGGAAAGAAAAAUGGGUAGCGAAGAGGAUUCGAUUGAGCAAUCCGUCGCGUCCCGUCGCGAAAGAUUGCUUGCUCUCAGAGCAGCUCAGGAGUUGUCCAGUGCUCCCGAACCUGAUUCCGAACCUGAACCUAAGCAAAAUGACGACGAAGAAGAUCAACAACUAGAAAUGAAGUUCCGUAACUACGUUCCUCACGACAAGCACCUUCAGGAAGGGAAGCUUGCUCCCGCGGUGCUCCCAAAGUUCGAAGACGCUAGCGAAGCUGUGCCUCCGCCCGAACCUGAGGCCAAAGAGGAUCCGUUUCUGAAUAUUGCGCCCAAGAAACCUAACUGGGACCUGCGGAGAGACGUGCAGAAGAAGCUUGAUAAGCUCGAGAAGCGAACUCAGAAGGCUCUCUAUCAACUCAUGGUGGAACAAGAGAAGCAAAAGCAAUUGGCUGAAGGAGAUGAUACAAAUGGCACAGCAGAGUAGAUUGCAAUUUGUUCCGGAAGCUGGAAAAUAUUGAAGCAAUAUACUGAAAAUUCCUGACCCAUUUAAGCUGCUUAAUGCUUAAAAAAUGGGCUCUAAUACACCAGUCUCUGCGAUUUUGCAGUGUUUCCUGAAUGUUGUAUCAUUCACUUUUCUUUCAAUGACCAAGUAUGAGUGUAUUAGAUCAUUAUUUUAGAGGCGGAAUAUCCCUGGAUUCUGACAAUAGGUGUAUUAUUUUUUAUUUUUUAUUUUUUUAAUUUUAACGUUGCUCAAAUAUCCGAGAUGUAGUUUUUUUUUUUUUUUUUCACUUUAAGUUCCAUGGCCAUUGUACUGAGACUAAAAAACGAAUGUUUUAGCUUAAUGAUACAAGGGAUUCUUGAUC